GUGACUGUCAUCAACUGAGAAAUGAGGGUGAAGAAGAAAAUCAAGAAAAACGCAUGUAAUAUACGGAAAAUACUGAAUCAAUAAAAUUGAACUCUUAAUUUACUCGUAAAUAAAAGACACACAAAAUGUCUCGAGAUAAAAGUGUUUGGUUUGCUGAAGAAAUCCUUUUAGAUGCUAAACUAAUCAAUUUCCAAUUAGAGACUGGAGAAUGGGAUGCCGUUGAAGAAAUGUUACGUGCAGAGGCACAGCUUUCCCGGGACACAGAAACAGGGAGAUUACGGCCUAAAAAAGCCUCUGAAUACACAUUGCGUCUUAUAGCUGAAGUGUUACAUAUUAUGCGACUAGACGUAGAACAGGCUUCCUACAACCGCAGCACUCUUGCUGUUGCUGAACAAUGUCUACGAUUAGUAAGGUCUUGUGCUGCUGCUGGUACUAAAAUGCAGACAUAUAUUUCUAAAGAACUCUCAAUACUUGAUUCCAUGCUGAUACUAGCCACAGAGUUCCAACACCCUAAUGUUGAGUUUUUAAAUGAAGAAUUACAGAAGAAAUAUGAAGCUUGUAUGACUGUUCUCGUUCAAACUUUAGGUAAUCUAGUUGUGAACAACCCGUUUAACCAAAUCAUGAUUUGGAACAAGUUUGAUGCUAUUAUACUCAAUAGUUUAAUUGGGCAAAACGAUAAAAUCGCAACUGCUGCAGCCAUGGUAGUAUAUAAUAUAUUGUUGGGUCAACCUAAUGUUCUACCAGAUGAUGUUUCCUUGCUUAAUUCUUUAGCAUUUAUGUACAGUAAUGGCAACACUGAAUAUCCACAUUUAAUUAUAGAAUAUCUAAUUGGUGUUGAAAAUACUUAUAUUGAAAGAUUAUAUUCUAAGCUGGAUCCUGAAUGCAGGAUUCUUGUAUUGAACCUUGCAUAUAAUAUUCUAAUGUCAACGGAGACUCAAGAUAUAAAUGUGUCAGUUAAUUUCGUCAAAUUUAUGGCACAUGAAUUCAAAAGCAAAUCUGACUGUAUAUUAAAAACUGUUGAUAAAUAUGUGAACAGUAUAGAGCCACAGGAAGUGGUAUUUUUACUGGAAAUUAUAGCUACAGCUUCCAGCAUGGAUGCAUAUAUGGACUGCUUGCAAAGCGACACUUCCCUUUUCAUAAAUUGUGCAUUUUUACUUAAAGCCAUCCAUAAACUGGGCAAAGAAAGCAGCAACUUUUUCUCUUCCAUGAAUAAACUUUAUGCUGCUACAGGAAAAUACCUAGUGAAUGAUGAAAAUAUAUUCAAUUCCAGCCAAUCUCCUGAAAAUCCUCUAACCAAAAAUGACUCUGCAGAUAACAUGCUUUCCUGUAAUGAAACCACAUCAGAAUGCACAGAGUCAGAAAGCAGUGAACAAUACUUUGAAUGUAGUGAUAACAUGCCAGUAAUGGACAGGUUAGACAAUAUAAACUCUUUUGAUAAUCUACAUCAAUCUUUUAAAUUAACAGAAACAGUGCUUAAUGCCAAAAAUGGAAAAAAUAAUGAUGAUCCCAAUGUCAAAAUUGAUAAUGACUUAACUAAGGUAGCUUACAAAAGGAGCAGCUCUGUGCCAAAAGCUGAUGAUCGCAUACAGCAUUUGCCAACAAGAAGAAUUAGUCUGGAACAUAAAAUAGAUAUAAGUGAUGAUACCGAACCACCACUAAUAAUAGAUUCGUCUUCACCGAAUGGUAGUAUGAAUACUAUUGCGGAAGUUAUACCUGUAGCAUUGCAGCCUUGGUUAGAUUUGCAGGGAACUAGCACCCCUAACUCACAGGAAAAUUCCCCAAGUGAUCCUCCCACAGAAAUUCAUCUUCCUAAGGAGGAAGUUAAAGCCGAAAUCAAAGCGUCGCCUAGUGAGAUAUCUCCACCUUUAGCUGAUUUACCUCUUGAAACAGAAACAAAGAAAUCACCAGACACACCGAAAGAGGUAAAAAAAAGUCAAAAUCUGUCAACUGACUUUGAUCUCAGUGAGCAGUUGCAGAAGAUAUUGGGUAUAUCUUCAGAGAAAACACGAGGUGAUAGUUCAAAUGUUGAUAAAAAGAAUGAACUAACAAAAGAAGUAAAAAUAGCUGAUGAUAAUCUAGUUAAUAAAGUACCAUCUGUUAAAAUCGAUUCACCUGAAAGUCAUAAAACUAGACUAGGAGCAAUAGAUAUGACGACCCCUAAAAAAGCGAUGACCAGUGUAGAGACAGUGGAGAGACAUGUGGCCUUUGGUUUCAAGGCUGGACUAGUGCGUACACUAGCUAACCUUUGUUGGAAGAAUCAGGAGAAUAAGCGACAGAUGAGAGAAUUAGAUGUGAUCCAAGUUUUACUGGACUGUUGUAAUAUCGACGCUCGAAAUCCCUUGAUAAUGCAGUGGGUUAUUUUCGCCGUUCGUAACUUAUGCGAGAACUGUCCCGAAAAUCAGGAGGUGAUCUCGAAACUGACUCUUCAAGGGCCUGUUGAUAAUGAAGUGCUACAAGAAAUGGGACUCACCCUACAAACAGACGCACAAGGCAACUCAAUUAAGAUUGUUCCAAUGUCUAGAGUAUAGUAGUCAAUAAGUUACGCAUGUUUCUUAUAUAGUCAUCCUUUUAUGUCUAAAUAAAUGCAAUGAAAGUUAAAUAAACGAUAUGCUGUACUGUU